AUGCUGGAACACGAUGAAGUGCGGUCUGCGAGGUUUUGGCGCUGGUGCAAGGAAAACCCAUAUUUUGUUCCUCUCUGCUCAGGUGCUUUUGCCGGCGUUGCUUCGGAAACCUUGCUUUUCCCUCUUGAUUGUCUCAAAACUCGGUUACAAAGCCGGCAUGGCUUCAUAGCAUCCGGUGGUUUCCGAAGCAUUUACCGCGGAGUCUUUGUGGCCAUUGGUGCCGCGGCUCCAGCAUCCGCAAUAUUUUUUUCCACAUAUGAGACGACAAAAAAUUGCUUGAUGCCAUACGACAGGAGCAAUUCUGUCUUGGCGUAUUGCGGCAUUGGCCUUGUUGCUUCGAUCCUCGGAGAAUUGGCAGCGGGGGUAUGGCGUGUGCCAGUGGAUCUUGUGAAACAGCGUCAACAAGCUGGCGGUGGACAAACACUGAGUUCAGUUUUCCAGGGUGUGCGCAGCACCCAAACGUCAAUUUUCGUGGCAUCGCUUCAGGCCUCGCUGAUGCGAGACGUCACCCACAGCAGCUUGCAGUUUCCAAUGUACGAGUACUUGAAGCUGGCGUCUGCUAAUCUUCAUGGCAUCUCGAAGGAUGCAUUGCCGACCUGGCAGGCAGCGUCUUGCGGGACGGUAGCUGGAGUGGUAUCUGCUUUUCUUUCGACGCCUUUGGAUGUGCUGCGCACACGCUUGAACUUACGGGAGGACCAGUGCACUGGCGUUGCGAAGAAAAAAGCCACACAUCUGGUGCAGGAGGAGGCCAUGCUGGUCUACAGUGAGCGUGGAUUUAGAGGCUUCUUUGCCGGCUGUACCUGCAGGGCAGCAUGGAUGGGGCUUGGAGGAUUCAUCUUUCUUGGGAGUUUUGAACUCGCCAAGAAGAGCUUGGUUUCUACGGAGGAGGACGGCUCCAAGCAGCCGCACGUGAGCCCGACGCAGGCCCCAGGCAUGCUUCAGCCACCAACGGCAGAAGCUGAGCCAGUGUCAGCACCUGGCCAUCGGCAGCUGGGUCUGGAACCGCCAGCGAUGGUGUCCUUUUCAUCAGGGCUGUUGGCAGGUGUCGCAGUUGAUGUGCCUUUGCAUCCGCUGGACACUCUCAAAACACGAAUGCAGUCUACUGACGGGUUCUGGGCUUCGGGUGGCUACCGCAACCUGUGGAGUGGGCUGAGUGCAGUGCUCCUGGUGUCACUGCCUGGCAGUGCGUUAUUCUUCUUGAUUUACGAAUCUGCACGGCACUUCGUGGAGCGGCGGAUUCCAGCAGCAGUUCACGACAAUACCCUUGCGAUAGCUCGUGAUGCAGUUGCUGCAUCGGUGGCCGAUGUGAGUGCAUGCAUUGUGCGAGUCCCGUGUGAAGUGCUCAAACAACGAAUGCAAGCAUUGGGCCCCAGUGGUGUUUCCUUGAGUUUCUCGCAGACUGUCACCAGUGUGCAUGCGGAAGGUUUGCGUGGUUUCUUUGCAGGGUUUGGAGCCACAGCCAUGCGUGAAGUGCCUUUUGCGCUGAUCCAGAUGCCGCUCUUCGAGGAGCUGAAACAUCACCACCCAUGGGCGCGCAAAUCUCAAGAAGACGGCAAUAACUACAGACAAGGCCUGAUUGGCAUGCAUUGUGGCUCGGUAGCUGGUGGCUUCGCCGGUGUGGCGACCACCCCACUGGACGCAGCGAAAACACGGAUCAUGCUGACAGCAACUUUGCAGAAGCAUAGCCUCUCUGUGAAUCAGCCGGGCGGUGUCGACGAUAGGAUUUGCAGGGUCAUGUGGACCGGCGAUGUGACAUCCUACUUCCUACAAUUUCGGACGCGGUCGGUGGGUGCAAACGCGAACCUAGUGGCAGCUCCCGUAGCCGUGCCUCUUGCGCUGGAAGAAUUUGACUUCGAUCGCCAAGGAGUGUCUGAUGCUUCCAUGCUGGUAGGCUUGGGCGGAGCCUUGUGGCUCGGUGCCUUCGAGUGGUCGCUUUCUCUCAGAGAGCAGGCGACGUCUGUAGCAGACUCUUCCAAGGCUCUCAGGGCAGUGAAGCUUUGCAUAUCUCCGCUGCGACCUCCUGAAAAGGGCUUAUCACUGUGGCAGUAUCGGCGAUGCGUCUCUGUGCCAAUAUGGCGCGGGGGCGACACCGGUGCCAUAGUCGCACACAGCCACGCCUUGCUCCCCUUGAUGAUCGAAAGAGAGGAGCAAGGUGCUGCUCGAGGCGGAUAUUUUAGCAGCAUUGAGCUGGAAUUCAAAACGAGUACCACGUCAGGAAGUCCGCCAGUCGUAACGGAAGGGUCCAAGGAUCGCAAGAGCUCGGACUCGAUGGCUUUGGGCAUUCGAGAUCAUUGGAGGCAGGUCACGUUCGAGCGACUUCAAUGUCUCGAUCCCGAAUUAGCAAGCAGACGUCCCGACCUUCAUUGCGUUUUGUGUCACAUGGUCGUGCUUGAUGCGGCUCCUCGGCCCACUCCUCUUUCUCCAGUUCCCGAGAGCAGCACCGGCAGUCAGAGCAUUCAUGGCUUAGGGGCAGCGCGCUCCUACCGGCAGCUGCCACCAGUUUUGGAAGGAGAUGUUACUGUUCCUUCCCACCGGACACCGGAAUCCUCUCCGUCGGCUGCCAGUCUAAGCGCGAACGACACAUACAAACUCGCAGUGGAAGCCUGGCCUUCUGAUAGCGAGGCAAGCGCGACGGAGUCCACAGUCACAACAGCCAGCAUUGCGGAGUCUGCACAGGCUGCAGCAGUGUCCAAGAACAGUGUUCGACGGAUGACGGAGCCCAGCGUUCAGCCGGCGAAAAAAAGUCCUCGAAGCUCUGUGCUCGGCAAGCCACAGCCUUCAAGCAGGAAGCUGAGCCGAGCAUCACCGGGAGCGGCGAGCUCCGGUGAGUUCAAGAACCUUCGUGUGGAUGGCUUGGAGGAGCCGAACUCAUCUGUCAAGCAAAGGGCCAUGAGGCGCGCGGCGUCGGAACCUCCGCGAUCUCUUGGCGGAGAAGUUCGCAAGUCAGGAUCGCCACCUCCACGGCAGUCCCAGGUUUCACUGGCCACGCCUCCACGAACAAAGCGGGCCUCCAUUGGCGAACGUCCAGGCAAGCUGCAAAAGAGCCCGCAACCCUCCACAGCUAGCCGCGAGUCCAGCCUGCGAAAUGCAACACAGAAGCCAGCGAACGCACGGCUUAGUGCCAGCAGCAAGCUGGAGAAGUUUCGGAGUACACGAGGCGCAGCACGUCAUUUGGCCACAGCACUUGGCGACGACGCCAAAGAUGCCUUCCGAAGAGCUCUGCUCCAAGGAACACAUCAUCCGCGGUGUGCAAAGCUGGGGUUUGUUGGCCCUGCACGCGCUGGGAAGACUUCGACUCUGCAAGCCCUGGCGGGCCUGCCUCUGAGGCGCGAUCAGGAGAGCACGCACGGGCUGGCCUGUUGGGCACUGUCACAGGACCUGAUCUCUGCAGCUCCAGGGCAACGCUGGCAGCUGCAGGAUGCGCAGACAGCGGCGAGCAGCUCACGCUGGGAUCGUGGCGUCGCCAAGUAUGUGGCAGACCUCGUUCGCCCACCUGGCAAUGCCGUUCCGCCCAAUGCGGCGAAGAUGAUGGGAAAGCAAGAAUCCUUGGAUGAGAAAGCCGUCAUGAAGCGAAUGCCGGUGGAUUUGAUUGCCAGGCGGCUUGGAGAGACGGCGGCCAACUUGAACACCGCUCACGAGGACAAAACGGUCGUGCUGGAGGCUUACGAUUUUGGCGGACAGGAAGUAUACUAUGCCAUGCACCAUCUGUUUCUGAGUGAUUAUGGCAUAUACUUGGCUUGUAUAGAUCUUUCUGCCUUCAAUGCCAUGGGCGUCGAAGAAGCGAAGGAGUCAGAGGCUUCCAACACGUGGCAAGCUCUGGAGUGGUGGCUGGCUUCCAUUGCAGUCCAUGCCCCGAAUUCGCCUGUGGCCAUCGUUGGCACGCACGACGACUGUCUUUCGCACGACUCCCGCCGGACAGUGUAUGCAGAAGUCAAUGAACGCAUAUCAGCUUUCUGCACGAAGCUGCCCGAACUCAAUGAGCAACUACAGAUCAAUGAGCAGAGCCAGCUGUGCUUCUUCCCAGUUGACAAUGCCACCACCGACAGUGGAAGAUCCGUUUGCGAUCUUCGCGAAGCCAUCGAGAGCAUGGUCGCCAAACUGCUUCAAGGACCGCUGAGCACAGCGGUGCCCCUUCGCUGGAGCCACUUCUGGGCGGUGCUGCAGCGGACCGGAGGCAGCGGCAACCUGGGCCCGCUGACGCGCGUGGAAGACUUGUGGCAGCGUUGCAAGCGAUACGGAUUCGAGUCGCGGACGGAACUGCAAAACUUCUUGCGCCAUUUUCACGGACUUGGCGCUUUGCUUCACUUCCCGGAGUCGGUCUUUGAAGAGCUGAGAGAUUUAAUUUGCCUGAAGCCCGGAUGGGUUGGCGAUGCGGCGGCCGCUGUGCUUACAGCGAAGGACAAGGUCUUCCAAGGCUGUGUCAACCAAGUGGCAGAGCUGAAGGAGAAAGGGCUGCUCCACGCGCAGCUCCUGGCGGCAGUGUGGCGCGCAAAGCAUUUCGCCAAAUAUCAAGGUGAAUUGGUCGGGCUUCUUCAGGCUCUGGAUUUGCUUCUAUCCUGGGGGCACGACAAGCAGAGCCCACUGCAGCGGCAGAAUGUGUUUCUGGUGCCCUCGCAGCUUCCUCUGCGGCCGCUGCGCGAGCGCGAAGGGGACGACCAGGACGCCUGCGUGCUGUACUUGGACUUCCAUGGCCUCCUGCGUCGCCUUCUGCCGACACUGAUCCCGCGACUGCUUUGCAGUUUGAGCAAAGUCGAGUCUGGAGUGCAGAUCUUGUCAAUGUACGCGAACUUCGCGACUUUCGCUGUCUCCACACAGGGCCAAGCUCAGGGAGACUCUCUGCGAUACUCCGGGCACUGGCGUCCCAGGGAGCUGCUGUUGGUGUCGGUCCAGCCUUGGGGUGAUCUGUUGCGGUGCUCCUUGCGCCCACGGCGCUCUGAGGCACAAGCACGGCAUUCGUGGCGGCAUGUAGAGCGAUUGCUUCACAACUUCCGAGAGGCAAUCGCAGCGUGGAUGCCAAGGAUAAGCUUUCGCGCCGGCAUCCGAUGCCCCUCUUGCACGGCUGGACACACACAUGUCCUUGACCUGCACAGUGUGCUUCGAGAUGAAGACCUUGCUGUUUGCCCCAAAUCCGGUGACAUCAUUGAGGACUUACCUUCUUGGCUCCUAGAUUGGCGACAACAUCUUCUGCAACGCCAGCAGCCAGGCUCAGGGUCUCCGCGCGGUGUCGGCAAGCCAGAAGAAAGCGACAAGAGGAUUGACAGAGACCCGGUCAAGUCUGGAGAAACGGGCCCAGUACCGCCAAAGGCGGCAGGGCUCCACCUCGACUACUUGUAUGCGUCUCCUCUGGAUGUGGCGCCCCUGGACAUAAGAGCUGAAAUUGAAGCUCUGGCUACAAUGCCUGGUGUGGAGUUCCUCUCAGUUCGCACAGCCACCACCGAAACUUUGGCGGAAGUUUGGAGGACGGAGCGUUCCUCACUGGCCCCUCGAGUCCUCGUCCUGUCAGCCCACUGUGCGGUGGAGAAGUCUCAGCCUUCAUUGCUACUCGAGGACGCAGUUGGUCAUGCGCAAGUGGUAGGCAUCCGGGACAUGGAUGAGUUGUUGGCGCUGAAUGAUCUGAAUGGCCCAGACCUGGCAGCAGGAGAUAGGCCAAGCACUCCAGCCGACAAUUUCGACGUCGUGGUAGUUGAUGCGUGUCAUUCUGAGUCACUGGCGCAGCGCUUCGUCGCCUCCGGCGCCAGCUGUGCUGUCGCUUGCUCGGGCGAAGUGUUUGAUGCCGCGGCCCGCGAAUUUCUUCGUAUAUUCUUGCGGUCGUUGGCUGCUGCUCUUCCCAAGUCAGCAUACCCUGUCACCGCAUUGGCCCGUGCCUCCUUCGCCGCGGCGCAGCGUGCCGUGCGCUUGUCGCCUCAGCCCGGGCUGCGCUCGGAGGCCGAGCACUUCCGGUUCUUUCCGACCAAGCUCGCGCCCGGCCCCGAUGUGCAGCUGCCCCGCUUGGCGCUGACUCUGCCGCGCUUCACCGGGUUGGAUCCGCACGACGUUCCUCCACCUGUGGAAGAUUUUGUGGGACGAGGUUCCACCAUGGCCGCCGUGGCCAAUGCUUUCUUGGGUCAUCGUCGGGUUGUCUGGCUUUACGGCAAGGCUGGCAUCGGCAAAUCUGCUUUCAUCUCCGAAUUCUGCCGCUUCUAUUCGCUGCCGGGGGACAGGCUUUUCUCGCCCAGCGCUCUGCGGCUUUGCCGCAACCGAGAACUUCCCUCCGAGGCGGAGGCAGCUGCUGGUGGCUACGCUGCGUUGAAAUGCGGGGCAGUGCGGCUGCGCCUGUCAGGGCUCGAUCCCAUGGCCGCGGUGGCCAAGCUCCGGGAAACUCUGGUAGGAAACCGUUGCCUCUUUCUAGCUCUCGACGGAGUUGAGAAGAGCUUUGGAUCUUCCAAUCCGGCUGCAGCUGAGUUGUGGGCUUUCCUGGAAGAGACUCUUGUGGAGAGUCCUGGGCUGCGCGUCCUCCUCGCCUCCCAGUGCCCGCGGUAUGAUGCACCGCUCUCCGGAAAGGUUGUUGCGGUGGAGCUUCCGCCACUCGGUCGCGAGGACGCCUGCUUGCUGCUCGCGCGGCGCUCCCACCGUCCGUUAUACCCACGGGAUCUUGAUGGACCAUCCGUCCGCGGGACGACGGGUGAAUUGCCACUGGCCCUGGCGGGGCGCCGCCGUGAGUUCUUGCAGCGUCUGGCUGGCCAUCCGCUGAUGCUAAAGAUGGGCGACACGCCCGCAGAAGUGAUUGCAGCUGCCGCGCAGAUCACUCCGCAACUCCCAUCGCUUUUCCAGCAUCCACUUCUACAGGAUUGUGGGCUUACUUCCUCUGACGAGCCCAACAAUCCUUUACCUUCUGCGCCCACAUGA